GGUGCUUGGCAGGAAACAAAAAUGUCUCUCUCUGACUCCGCCUCUUUAAGAAAAAAUCGGAUGUGGAUGCGAGAGAGAGAAAAAGGGCAGCAACAAUGUGACAGACAACACAGCCGCUCGGCUCAGAGUUGUAGUGGAUAUCAGCUCAGUGAACGGAGGGAGGGCAGAGGCGAGCCGAGCCGAGCCGCAUGCUCGCUGUGCAACAAGGCGUACGGGAGCGGAAUAAUGAAGCGGCGGCCAGCAGCAUCCAGACAACAGCGAGGCGGCGUUUAGCGUCACGUUGUGUGGAUGUUCUUCUGCAAGAGAAACGUCACGAAACUUCGCAGGAUUCCUCAAACUUCGCAGGAUUCCUCAAACGUUAAUGAAAGAAUCAAAGCAACACUCCAGGGUCCCGUUAGCGUCGGACACAUAACAGACUCAUGGGCAGGAAGAAAUAAAGGCAUCAGUUCAGCCCCUCCCCAGCUGACCUGUGGGUUGAGUCCUGGCUGUGGGGAUUUGUUGUUGGCGGGCCAGCUCCACGGGUGUCUAUGUGAGCGAACGGUAAUGAAGUCCAGCAUGAAGCAGUGGCGGAGGCUGUUGUUGGUGGCCAUGCUGGCCUGGGUUCUGGUCUUUCUUGCUCUGCUCUCCUACUUCCUGGAUGCCCGUGUGGACGAGUCUCUGACCUCUGUUGGCUCUUUACUCUCCCAGCAUCCUGACACCAGGCGGCUGGCCUCCAUUCAAGCCUCCAAUCAGCAGCAUGCCGUCUUUGGCUUAAGACCUGAACAGGCUUUGCAAUUAACUACAACGUAUCUCGGAGACAAACCAGGACCAGGASCCUCCACCAGCUCCAUAACCUCAGAGACCAKCAUGGAGGCAAGCCAGAGCCCUUACUUGACUUACGGUAGCCAGGAGAYGGGUCGCCAGGAGUACCUGGACCCGCAGAGCCUGGCUGCCUGGUCCUCCUUUGGUACAGAGAACGUGGGCUCUCAUUCAGACCCUGCAGUCCAGAGUCGUGAGAGAAUGUACCAGAACCAGAUUGGUGCCACUCACUACAACGGCGGUGAGGAUGAAGAGGAUGGCAGAGAAGAUCAGGAUCUUGAGCCCAAAAUUAGGACUGCAGGAGACAGGAGAACUGGUGGCAAGUCUUCUGACUUGGAAGAUUACUAUUUCUCCCGAUCUGCCUCUGUGGUGCGGAGGCUGUGGAAAGGCCGCGCRUCCAUCGGCAUGCUAAGYCCCCGACUGCAGCGCGCCAUAAAGGACUACAUGAGCGYGAACAAACACCACGUUUUCUACAACGGACAUCGGAAAGGUUCCCAGAGCGCCAAAGCGUUGCUGUGUCAAAUGAAGGCCCAGGCACAGCUGAAAAUGGUGGAUGGGUUGGAGGAGCCCUUCUCCUCUCUCGGCUGGGCCAACUUCGUGCCAUCCCGUCCGCUGGAGCAGCUCAGCAAACAGCUACAGGGCAGGAGUGGUUUCAAAAGCUGCGCAGUGGUCACCUCUGCUGGCGCCAUCCUGCACUCCAGGCUGGGCAAGGAAAUAGGUUUACUGGCAUUUUGACUCCGGUGUUUUCACUGGCUGAAGCCUUUAUGUGAGCAGUGUGCUACUCUGGAGUUCAGUGGAGCGUGUGGAAGUGGCACGGUGGGCGACUGCCAUCAUCUGGUGGAUGGAGGGAACAACACCCAAUCUGAGGGCGAAGGCAAUCAUGUUGGAACAACAAAUCAUUCAAAGAUGCAGGAACAGGAGCCAGAUACUCCCAUGUCAGGCUGGUGAACAAAUGAUUAACGAGACUGUGGGGGUGGAUGUAAUCUUUCCUUUUUAAUGUUGUAUUUUGAAAACAAAGGACUUGUGAACAAGCAGGUAAAGGGGAACAUUUUUUUCAUUGUCUUUUUAUUGCAUGGCACAAGUGAUAAAACAUUCUGCUCUGUUAUUGUGAUAAAUUGUCUAGGGCUUUUUAUGCUUCAGGUUGUGUUUUCUCUCAUCCAAUUUGAAAUUUAGUUUUUUAUCAAAACGGGUCUUUCUUAUAGAUGAGAUCUGGGAUCUAAUUGAGACGACCUGUAUUAAUAAAGGUCAAAUAAGUGAAAAAUAAACUGAUUAAUAAAACUGACCCUUAAAAACUUAGAAUAUUACUGAAAAAGUAACAACUUUGCCAAGCUUUUAUUUCUGUUUAAUUUGAUGAUGGUAACUUGCAUCUAGCAAAAAAUGUUACUAGGAAAUUUAGAACGUUAGAAAAUAAAUAAAAUAUUUGUCUGCCAAGUGAAAAGUAAUCGCCAAUAAGUUUGCUUUCAGUGAAACUCAUUCUGGAGCUCCAGCAGAUUCUGUGCCUCGCCACACUUCUUCCAGACUCUAUAGGACCUUAAUUUCCAAAUUAAAUAUAACAU